CAAGUUUCUGUCGCCAAACCAGCCCCACCUGCUACGGUGGCACCCCCGCCAGUUGUAGCCCCCACGGUCGUGCUGGACAUCGGGAAGAAGCAGAAAGCGCCCAAGAAGCAGAAGAAAAAGAAGGACCCCAACGAGCCUCAGAAGCCCGUCUCCGCCUACGCCCUCUUCUUUCGGGACACCCAGGCGGCCAUUAAAGGGCAGAACCCCAAAGCCACCUUCGGCGAGGUCUCUAAGAUUGUGGCCUCGAUGUGGGACAGCUUGGGAGAGGAACAGAAGCAAGUGUACAAGCGGAAAACGGAAGCUGCCAAGAAAGAAUAUUUAAAAGCGUUAGCUGCCUAUCGGGACAACCAAGAGUGCCAAACCACGGUCGAGACGGUGGAGCUGGACCCAAUCGCCUCUCCUUCGGAGCAGCCGGCCCCCGUUGUGGAAUCGGCUUCUCCUCCAGCUCCGGUGCCACCCAACCCUCCGGCCUUGGAGAGUCCGCCUCCCCCACCACCUCCUGCUAUCGUCCCUGCCCAGCCCACGGUGGUGGUGACCUCCAGCGCCGGCCCCCAAUCGGCCGGCCAAACCAGCAUCACCAAGAUCAUCAUUCCCAAACAGAUGCUGCCAUCCUCGCUGGCAGUCACAUCGCAAGGAGGCGUGGUGACGGUCAUCCCCGCCACGAUGGUGACCUCGCGGGGCAUCCAGCUGGGGCAGCUGCAAGCUGGGACAGGAACCACCCAGAUCGUGACGCGUUCGGUUUUAGCCGCAGCCGCUGCGGCCGCCUCGUCCAUGCACCUGCCGCGGCUUCAGCCUCCCCCUCUUCAGCAGAUGCCUCAGCAGCCCCCCGCCCAGCCGGUCACCAUUCUCCAGCAGCCCCCUCCUCUUCAAGCCAUGCAGCAGCCUCCUCUGCAGCAGAAGGUGCGCCUCAACCUCCAGCAGCCCCCGCCCCCCCUGCAGAUCAAAAUCCUGCCCCCGCCGGCCCUUCAGAUCCAGCCCAUUCCUCUGCGGACAGAAGAAAGCAGCCCUGAGAGGACCAGCACUGAACUCCAAGCAUCGCCGGAGCCCAUCGAUGUCGUGCCGGAGGUAUGGAGCCAUAUGGGAGAAAAAAAAGAGACAGCGUUUCUCGGUUGUGAAUGCACGUUGGGGCUGAUAAGCAGCUUGAAAAACACAGCUGAUCAUCACUGGGCGCUCAAGGGACUACAGAAGGUGAAGCGCAGAACCAGUCAGACAAGGCAACCACUGUUCCGGGUUGCCAUUUUGGCCACUGCGGCCUUAGUUUUCAGUCUCCGAAUGCUCUGCGGGGAUCACUGA